GUUUAAUUAUAGGAAAUUUGACGAUCCCUGACGCUUUUAACACCGUUUAUUCUUCCUUCUUCUCCGCCGCAUUCUCUCGCUCCAUGAGAAGAUGAAAUUCUUCUCAGAGAAGCUUCUUCCACAUUUCUCUUAGCACUCAAAUCGCUCUUUCUCGCAUUCAUCAUCUUACUUUCAGUUCGUAAAAACGCGACUUUUCCUUUCCUUCGUCAUCCUCAAAGUUUCGUGUCGAUCUCAAAAGCAGAUCGUCUUUGGAGGAAUCGAGCAAGCCUCGCAGGAACUUAAUCGUGCAAUUUCCGCGAAUCGAGCCGAUUGAUGUGUCGUAGAAGCCCUAAUUUCGGUGGGGGUACAAUGUUCAUCAUAAACUUUUGAUCCUCCUUUGUGAUUGAUUCCUCAUGGCAAUGGUGGAGAAGAAUGGUUCUACAAUCGGGUAUGUAGCUCGGAAUCUAUUGCUCUGCUUAUUCGUCGUCACAACGAUCCUCUUCGCUCUCUCUUGUUACUUCGUGUUGCGUUCCACUGCUCACAAUCGAUUCCUUAGCUCAACAUUUCCUUCGAAAUCGUUCGUCGAUGAUGUGAAUGCGAAAGAGGUAAAGCCAGAGAAAGAGAAUUGUCAAUGUAGUAACGAUGAGAAAGCAAACGCUCCUCUUAAGGUUUACAUGUACGACAUGGAUCCCGAGUUUCAUUUCGGAUUGUUAGAGUGGAAACCUGAGAAGAAGAGUAACAGUGUAUGGCCUGAUAUUCAAAAGUACAUACCUCCUUACCCUGGAGGCUUGAACUUGCAACACAGCAUCGAGUAUUGGCUCACGUUGGAUCUUCUUGCAUCUGAGUAUCCAAACGCACCGAGAGCUCUCGCUGCGAAAAGGGUUCAUAACUCCAGUGAAGCCGAUGUGAUCUUCGUCCCGUUCUUCUCCUCGCUGAGCUAUAACAGGUUCUCUAAAGUGAAUCCUCACCAGAAGACCAGCAAGAACAAGGAUUUGCAGAGGAAGCUGGUUGCUUUCUUGACUGCUCAAGAGGAGUGGAAGAGAUCUGGUGGUAGAGACCAUGUGGUUCUUGCUCAUCAUCCGAAUAGCAUGUUGGAUGCAAGAAACAAUCUGUUUCCUGCUAUGUUUAUACUCUCUGACUUUGGAAGGUACCCUCCUACUGUGGCGAACGUUGAGAAAGAUGUCAUCGCUCCUUAUAAGCAUGUCAUCAAAGCAUACGAAAACGAUACUUCUGGUUUCGAUAGCAGAACCAUUCUGCUUUACUUUCAAGGUGCCAUCUACAGGAAGGAUGGAGGGUUUGUGCGUCAAGAAUUGUUCUACCUCUUGCAAGAUGAGAAAGAUGUUCAUUUCUCGUUUGGGAGUGUGAGAAACGGAGGGAUAAACAAAGCGAGCCAGGGAAUGCACAACUCAAAGUUCUGCCUCAACAUCGCCGGAGACACUCCUUCAUCAAACCGUCUCUUUGACGCCAUCGCUAGUCACUGUGUGCCUGUGAUAAUCAGUGACGAGAUUGAGCUUCCUUUUGAGGACGUUAUUGAUUACUCUGAGUUCUCGGUGUUCGUUCGCACCUCUGAUGCAUUGAAAGAGAACUUUCUGGUUAACUUAAUAAGGGGAAUCACAAAAGAGGAAUGGACACGGAUGUGGGAGAGAUUGAAGGAAGUGGAGAAGUUCUACGAGUUUCAUUUCCCGUCGAAGGUAGAUGAUGCAGUUCAGAUGAUAUGGCGAGCGAUUGCACGCAAAGUUCCUGGUGUUAAAAUGAGGAUUCAUAAGUCUCGAAGGUAUGGAUCUGUUUCUGAGUCAGGUAAAGAAUCAAGAUGGUCGUCAUUGAUACCUCGGAGUUUCUGGUGAAUAAAGAUGAGAAAUUUUUGGUUACUUCAGGCCUUGACAGUGACAUUAUAUUGUUUUUGUGUAGUAGAGAGAAGUUUGUUUUUGGAUCAGAUGAUUUGUGAACUUUUUCUCCAAAUCAUAGGUUAUAUAGACAGAGAGAGAGAGAGAGAUAAGUCUUCAUUCUAAUUUGAUUUCUGUUUUUUUCUCCAAAGAAAAAGGAAUAAUGUAGUAAGUUGAUUUGUUUAACUGUUCAUUUUGAUCUCUUUUUGGUUUUUCAUUUAUGGUAAACAUAGUUUGUAAUAGAUAAACAGUUUUUGAGUAGUAUGUUAGUUUUAUUACAACGCUUGCUUACAAAGACAAUAAGCAUCAAUCAACAACAUAGUUAAUGCUUUUAAGGAACAACAGAUUUAGAUGCACAACAUACACAGGUUGUUUAUAGAACUCAUCUUCCAUGCCCGUCCAAGAUCGUGUGAGUAACAAACAUAGAAAAUGAUGAGUUUCUUACACUAGGGACCUCAAUUGCAGAUUCUGCUACCAUUGAAACCGGCAUAAAAGCUCCAAUACCUGGAGUAUCCGGUGAGAAAUCCGGCAAGGGUAAGUCUCGGUUUAGGUAUUGCACCACUUGUGCCAUGGUAGGUCUUGGUUCAGACAUAGCAUUUGUGCAGAGCAAGCCAAGUUUCAGAACCAUCUCGACUUCUUCAGGUGAGAAUCCUCUUCCCAAUCUUGGAUCAAUGGUCUCAAGCAAAGAAGCUUGUUUCCAGCAUUUGCAGACCCACUUAACCAAAUACUUCUUUUCAACUGGCAUCUCAGGUUCCACAGGUCGUCUUCCACAAGUUACUUCAAGAAGGAAAGCACCAAAGGCAUACACAUCGGUUUUCGUAGAAGUUCCUGUUGUUAUUAGCUCAGGAGCCAUGUAACCUAUGGUUCCCACGGCGGCUGUUGCAGAUAAGUUGCCUCUAGGGUCAUGAAACCUGGCCAUACCAAAAUUUCCUAACCUUCCGUUAAAUUCACCAUCUAACAUGACGUUAGAAGCUUUUAUAUCCCGGUGCAAAACAACUUGUGUGGCUCCUGUAUGUAAGUAACUGAGAGCCGAGGCAAUAUGCUUAAGAAUAGAGAUCCUUUGCAACCAUGAAGGAGAAGGGUUUUGGUCAUGAAACAAGUACUGGUCAAAACUACCAUUAGGCAUGUACUCAGAGACCAGAAGCAACUCACCUUUCCUCCUGCAGUACCCAACAAGAGGAACCAAGUUCCGGUGCUGUAAACUUCCCAUUGUUACAACUUCUGCCACAAACUGUUUCAUUCCUUGCUCUGCAUCGUGUGACAGUCUCUUCACAGCUAUAUCUCUGUUUAGAGGCAGAGUUCCUUUGUAGACUUCACCAAAACCACCUUUCCCAACACGACAGUCUUUGCUAAACCCAUUCGUUGCUUUGUACAGAGACUUGUAUGAGAAUCUGUGUGGACCAUAUUCUUUUUCCCAAGAUUCUCUUACUUCUGCAUACUUUUUUCUCCUAUACACAUAAACUCCUGCAAGAACCAUCAGCAUAGGGAUCAUCAAUAGGACGACCAAACCAAUAAUCAGUGGAGAUAGUUUCUUUUCCUUCUCUCUAGGAAGAGGAACAAGAGGGAGUUUAGAGAGGUCCAAGCUCUGUAAACGCUCUUUGCUUCUACUAAAACUCCAUCCAAGUAUAUAAUGGUUACUGAGAAGGUUCCCUGUUGAUGCAGAGAAGCCAACAUACAUCUUUUCUUGAAAUAUCUCUGACAGAUUGAUGGAUCUUGAUAUAAGAGGCCGGUCUGGUUUGUUGAUUUCUAUAGGAGCCAGAGAAACAUUUAGCAAGAAACCAUCGUAAUCCACCCAUACCUGGAUAGGCUCCCCACUCAAGAGAUUUAUGCUUAUAUUCUUACCUAACGUGUUGGAAAAGUAAGAAGGAAGAGCAGAUUCAAGAGAGAUGGGGCUGUUCACAUCAAUCCCAACAUGAGGCUUUUCAAGCUCAUUAAACUCUACUGUCUUGACAGUAUCAAGCUCAAUAGCCAGCAGAUGAGAAGAGGAAGUCGCAUUCGUUGAGAUGCUAAAGACGCCCAAGAACUGAGUUGCAGAUCCAUGAGAGAGAUUCAUGGAAGGAGAUACAACAAAAGCAAUCCCAUGGCCACCAUCAGCUCCUAACUUAGGAGGCACCAGCGCACACACGAAAUGUGUGUAGAAGGAGAGUGAUGAAGAUUGAUCAAAAUCAAACGGCUGCUUGAAGAAAGCAUGACCUGUUUGCAACUCUGUGGUAUUUGUCAACUGCAAAAGCCCACCAGGUAGGAUCUUGGCCAGACCAUCGAUGAAAAGAUCUGCUUUAUCGAAGCCAUUGUAGACAAACUCGGUAUCUUGUUGACUUGAUAAGCAAAUCAGAUGAACGUAGGAGAUGAUCAAAACCAGAUGAAGUCUACAAGCCAUUGCUAGUGAAAGAGAGAGAGUAAACUUCAUGGAAAUAAAAAAAUUCUCUUUGGUAAC